GGAGAAAUAACCACGACUCAUGAGACGAAUUAAUUUGUUGUCGGAUAAAAUCAAUUUAUGUGGCUUGGUGACAACACUGGGUCAUGUGAACGUUUUAGCUCAGUUUUCCGCUCUGAACUGAGUUUUUGUCCUUCACAGGACAGCAAGUGUUAAGUUUCGUUUCUUACGCACAGUUUUGUUGUAAACGCCCACUGCGAGUCGCAUCAUGGCCGACUUGGAGGACUCUGGCUUUUCUCUCAUGAGCCUGGAGGACGAGCUGACCUGCAGCAUCUGUCUGAGCCCCUUUGACUGCCCGGUCACCAUCCCCUGCGGACACAACUUCUGCCAGGACUGCCUGCUCUCCACCUGGACCGACUCCUACAGCUGCCCCCAGUGUCGGACACUGUUUGAGACCAGGCCAGAGCUGAAGAAGAACACGGUCCUGAGCACCGUGGUGGAGACCUUCAGGGCGAGGUCCAGCAAGAGCGAAGGAGGACAGUCCGUAGAGGAGGAAGACGAGGAGGAAGAAGAAGAGGAGGAGGAGGAGGAUGAAGACGAGGAAGGGGAUGAGGAUGAGAGGGAUGAUGUGGUCCGCUGUGACACCUGUAUGGAGGCCGAGGCAGCCAAGACCUGCCUCACCUGCAUGGCCUCCUUCUGCGAGGAGCACCUGCGGCCCCACCGGGAGAACCCCACCUUCCGCCUCCACCAGCUGAGCGAGCCCAUCGGGGAUUUAUCCGAGCACAUUUGCACCGACCACCACAAGCUGAUGGAGCACUUCUGCACCGACCAUGGUCGCCUGAUCUGCAGCCUCUGCCUGCAGCAGGUCCACAAAGGCUGCGGCUUUUCCUCUCCAGAGGAGCAAAGGAGCCUGAAAGCGUCUGAAUUCAGGGGCAAGUUGGAGAUUCUGAACUUGAAGAUUGACAGGACUGACACCAUCGUGCUUCAGAUGAACGAGCUGCAGGGCAAGCUCAAGGACGCAGCGAGCAAGAGGAAGAUGGCGUUGGCUGCUGUGUACCAGCAGAUAGGGGAGAUGUUGGCUCAGGAUGAGCGCGUGGCCCAGCAUGAGGUGGACUGUGAGCUGGAGGCUGGUCAGGCCAGACUUCGCGACCUCACAACAAAGUUCAUCGACAACAGCGAGAGGAUGAAGAAAGCCAGAGAGAAGAUCGACAAUCUGCUGAGUCAGGCGGGAACACCAGCCUUUCUGCAGGCUUCAUUUGAGUUGCCCCGGGUGGUUAAGUUUGACCCCCAUCCCCCUCGAAUUAACCUGGACACCAAAAGGGUGAUGGCGACACAGAGCUUUGCUGCCACCCUGCAGGAGAGCCUGAUGACGCUCUUCACUCAGCCUUUUGAGGCCAGAGUACCACUGCUAAAACCAGGACACGCAGAAGCUUCUUUCUCAGGAGCCGCUGGUGGAGAAAAAAGUCCGUCCUGGGCCCACGAGUCUCAAUCUUCAAACCCUCGAGAGCAAAGACCUCCACCCAGGUCCCAUAGUCCCAGUCGUCCAUCUUUCCAGACCACCUACCAACCCGUCCACAUUCCUGUUUACAUACAGGCAAAGCCAUCAUGGUUUCCACAGCAGAGUCAGACGCCUGGCUUUUCCAGGCCUCCGUUCUUCCACGGACAGAAACCACCUUCUCAGAAAAGUCCUGAAGGAACGUCUAAGAAAACAGUAGGAAAACCAGUCGGUAAACCAGCCCACAAAGCGGUACCGAGUCGGCGUGGAGACGAGAAACAUCCGUCCAAAAGCAAAGACAAGAAGCCUGACGGAGGCCACCAAACCUCUCACAAGCAAGGCAAAAAGCCACCAAGUGCACAAGGAGGACAGAAGCCUGGGUGGAAAGGACCCGAUUCUGCUAAGAAAGACAAGCCGAAAGGACAUCCACCAUCAGGGAAACCGGCCGGGCCCAACCCACAUCCGAGAAAAAAUAAGUAGUUCAUCAGCGGAACCUGAAGGGACUGCUGGACCUAUGCACAGUAACACUGUUCUGAUUGUUAAUAAGUGAAACUGUUUGCUUCAUGUUUUGUUUGGGGUAUUAAACUUAAUCUUAACCAGCCUUUACACCUUAUUCAAAUAUAACUAUAGUUUUGGGAUGACUUAAAUAUCAAUGAAAACGUUUAGGAUUGUGAAACCUUCUAAUAGGAACAGCUAUAUUUUUAUUAAAAAAAAUCUUAAAAAUGUUCCACCUCAUCUCCUCCAUGCAUUGGUCCUUAUAAAGAUUACUUUUAUUUCUAUAUAUUUUUUUGCAAGUCUACAGUUAAUUAUGCACAAAACAAGGUCAAGAAAAAUAAUGUGUUGUAGUCCAAAACCUUUAUAUGGAGCAGAAGGGAAAUUGAUCCAUGGGUUAUAAUUACCGGUUAGUCAGAUAUGACUUGUUAAGAAAUUCUUACUGACAGCAUUUCUGAUCUCAAUCAUCCUAAGUGAGAUUCUAAACUUUGCAUGCACCUUAUCUGUGCUGUUGUAUGGUGUCUGUGCGUAGAUCCUUCCACCUGCUUUAUAAUGCAAAGCGUCGAUAUUUAAAAGCUAGACAACAUCACAGAAGACACAUAACGCAUUUUUAACUGUAUAUUGAACUAUAGAAACGCUAUCGUCAUGUUCACUCAUUAGAAAGAACACAAAUGGAGAAGAAAGGCUCAUCACUGCAUUAGUCACUAUUUUGUAUGUGAAAACAUAGAAUAUCUAACUCCAAAGAAGAACAAAAAAUAAAUAAAUCAAAGUUUGAUUUCCUCUUCAGGGUGAUGUAUCCCAAACCGCCUUCCAAGAUCUAUUAGAGAUACUUUGUCAUCUGAAAUGUAAAUAUUAAAUUAUUCUCCAUCUUAUCGAUUGAAUUGAAUGAAAACACACAAACACCUUGGGUAUGUAUGAAAAUAUUUAUGGGAAUGUCUUCAAAUUCAAAACAUCACCUCUUUACAUUCAUCUCAAUCAAAGUUGGUUCUUGUCACAUUUUGUAAUCAGCCAUAUUUUUUAUAUAUAUAUAUGAUUGCUAACAAUAAACAUUUGUUUUCAUCUGA